GGCGCGGCCGGAAGUGGAGAAGGGGCCGGGCGGGCCAUGGCGAGGGCAGGGCCCGGGAGGGCCGGGGGCGCCCGCCGGGGCCGGGAACAGCGGCGGCCCCCGACGUGGGAGAUCUCGGACUCGGACGCCGAGGGUCCGGCUAGCGCGGAGACCCCCGCGACGACUCGGGACCCGGCGGGAGAGCGCAGGCCGGCGGCCGAGGCGCUGCGGUGGCUGCGGCCCUGGCAGGCGGUGCGUCGCCUGGCGGUGCUCGUGGACCCAGCCGUCCUGGAAGACGCGGGUGCCGAUACCUUGAUGGAGGCCCUGCACGCCCUGGGCUGUGAGCCCCGCGUGGAGCCGCAGCGCCCGGCGCGGAGCCUCCGCUGGAGCCGAGCGAGCCCAGACCCUUGCCCGCGCGGUGUGCCCCCUGAGGUGUGGGCUGAGGAUGAGCCCCACGUGCUGCUGCUGCUGGAGCCUGAAGAGUUUGUGCGCGGAGUGGUCCAGCUGACCCAGGUAUGUGGCCCGACCUGUUCUGUGCCCUGGGUCACACCUGAGAGCCCUGCCUGCCUCCACCUGGCUGUCAUCGGUCUGGACGCUUACCUGUGGUCUCAGCAGCCCAGAGCCCAGGAGAUGCGGCAGCCAGGGCGUCCAGCGGUCACUCGCACCAAGGGGGCGGUCGGCUGGCCUGAGGUGGAGGAGGCCCUGGUGCACCUGCAGCUCUGGGCAAACGUGGACGUGCUGCUGGUGGCCUCCUGGCAGGAGCUGAGCCAGCACGUGUGUGCCUUCACCAAGGCCCUCGCCCAGCGCCCCUUCAAGCAGGCCCGGGAGUCUGGGGCCUUCCUCUUCUGCACUUCUGGGCGCUGGGCGGCAGGCGAGCGAGUGGCCAGAGAUGGCGCAGGGCUGCGGGGAGCCUGGUGGAGGCAGGUCAGGCAGUUCAACCGCGUCAGCCCAGCCGUGGCUGACACUGUUGUCAGUGCCUUCCCAUCCCCCCGCCUGCUGCAGCAGGCGUACAUGGCCUGUGGCACAGAGCAGGAGCGCCUGGCCCUGCUGGCUGACCUCCCGGUGAAGACGGGCAAGGGUGUGCCGCCCCGCAGGGUGGGGCCCGACCUCUCCCGCCGCAUCUGCCUCUUCCUGACCACGACUGACCCCGACCUCCUGCUGGACCUGGGUUCCUGACCACGCCUGUGGGGUCACACAGGCCCCCCCCGCCUGCGGCAGGAGUGAUCACGGCCGCCCAGGGGACCCGCGGGAAACCACGGGGGGUGGUGCGCCCUGCACCUGGGGCUCUCGGGGCUCUUGGUCGAGUCUGACCCCGAGCUGGGAGAUGAGGGGGCAGCAGAGAGAAAUCUUGCAUAACUGGGAGAAGAGGAAAUUCUUUGCUCGCCGGUGGAAGGUCUCGAGACGGUGGGGGGGUGGGACUCACGUGCCCUGGACCUGUGCACGCUGGCCGAGGGCUGGCACCAGCAGGACUGGCUGUGGGGGCUCGGGUCCCACAGGGGAAACUCCCAUCACUGGGAGGCUGGGGUGGGGG